CUCUUUCUUUGUUGCAAUUCCUGCUUUUUUUCACUUUAGAUUCACCGCUUUGAAGGUGUUGAGUCUGAUUUGGGGAGGGAAAACUGAAUGGAAAUAGUGAUAUUGUUUAGUCCUGAGAUGAUUACAGUUUGGGGUGUUAUUUGAUUCCAGGAGCUCAUUCAACUCUAUGUAAAAAAUAGUGUGCAGUGACAGAGGGAGAAAAGAGGAAGAGAAGAAAGUGGUGAGGGAGGGAAUGGCGUCGAGCAUCGAACUCCAUGGGGAGGACUCGGUGGUGUUGCGGGUCACUCAUUCCAAUCUGAAAACCUUCAACGCCGAUGUCCGCUUCUCGCUUCAGCUCACGGUGGAAGGCGUGAAGGAUAAGCUGUGGAAAAAAUGCGGCACUUCUGUCAAUUCCAUGCACCUUGAGCUCUACGAGGAUGCUCGCAAUGACAAAAUCGCCGAUCUCUCUGAUAAUUCCAAACCCCUUGGCUUCUAUUCCCCUCUUAAUGGGUUUCGUUUGCAUGUUGUGGAUCUUGACCCAACUUCCAUCUCUUCUGGUGGUUGGCUUGAAGAUACUUCGUUGGUCGAAAAAUACGAAAUUUCCGAUGAAGCCUACAAUAAGCGACAAGACACCUUCAGAAAAUAUAAAGAGAAAAUUACUUCCCAUGUUCAUGCGACUGAGGAGGCAAAGAUAUCAGACACCAGUAUGGAAGAGCUCUGUGCUAAUAUCAAGGUAGGAUCCAGAUGUGAAGUUGAACAUGGGGCAAAAAGAGGUGUUGUAAAAUUUGUGGGUCGGGCAGAAUCACUGGGUCAUGGUUUCUGGGUCGGAGUACAAUAUGACGAACCCUUGGGCAAACAUGAUGGCAUGGUUAAAGGAGUACGCUACUUUCAAUGUCCUCCGAAUCAUGGUGGAAUAGUUAGACCAGACAAAGUGAAGGUUGGUGACUACCCUGAACGAGAUCCCUUUGAAGAAGAUGAAAUAUGAGUUUGAAGAUUGAGGGUUUUCCUUGUGUGAAUCAAGUAUUUGUUUCCAGAACUUAUUCUGUUGGCAAUGGAUAUCUAGAAUGGUUUCAUUGUGUUUUUUGAAUUGUUUGUGUUGUUUUUAGAAAGAAAAACCAGUGCAACGUGAAAAACAUAAAUUGGAUGUUCAUUACAAUGGUAAUAUGAGAGCCAACAAAGCGGGAUGCUACUUCUGAGAA